AUGUCACUUCAUGUUGAAGGGAGACCAAGUGAUGGAUGUUUACAUGAACUGCCAUGGACUAUUCGGGACUCACUCUCUCUGUAUGAACAGAUGAGUGUUGCAUUUAAUGCUUUAACCGAGCUUCCAAAUGAGCUGCCUAUCCGACUGCCUCACCUUAAUUAUCUAGACCUCUCCUACAACCAACUAGAGACAUUACCUGAUACCUUCGGUCUACUUUUUCAUCUAGAAACACUCAACUUAAAGUUCAAUUGUAUCAAAACACUCCCAAACUCAUUCUAUCGCCUCAUAAAGUUGAGUAAGUUUGAUAUUUCACACAACCGUUUAAAAACACUAUCGAAUGACAUCAUCUAUUUAGAGAGACUCACCAAAUUCAAUGUCUCAUUUAACAAACUGAAAUCUUUGCCUGUUCCUGUAGGAGGAUUGAAAUCUCUCAAAGUUUUAUUAGCUAAUAACAAUAGAUUUCCGGAGACUUUACUUACAAUUUGUAGCCAUGGGUCGGAUGAAUUGUUAUCACAUUUAAGAAAAAACUACAACUUACACACACAGUGCUCAGAACAACUUCCUUCGUCUAACCAUAAUGUUUUUGCACGUGUGAGAGGUAAUCAUCUGCUUACAUCUGUACCAAACCCACACUCUGCCCAGGUAGAAUAUAUACAGUGUCAGACGCAUACAGCAAACACUUCAAGCCGCCAUCAAAAACCCACCACCUGCUUCCACCACAAGUUUAUGUAUGUAUCUAAAGGUCUGAUAUAUGGGGCAGCUAUAGGAGAUGCUAUUGGUCUGUCUACAUGUUGUAUGUCAUCAGACGAGUGUCUGUUUCAUUAUAACAAGGAGGGUAUUAAUUACUCGGAUAUAGUACAGGACGAACUUCGUGUACGCUGGAAGCAAGGUGACUGGACUUCCAAUUUUGAUACCAUGGUGCUAUUACUAGAUUGCAUAAUAUGCUGGGCAGGUGUUAUAGAUGAGCUGGAAUUUGCCAAACGUCUAAGAACAUGGUGUGAUACUGGCUUUCCUGAGCUUGGUGAUAAACAAGGCAUUAUUCUCAGUGAGACAGUCAAACAGUUGAUAGAGUACUCUGAAUUCCUGAUACAUCCUCAUUCAAUAGCGGAGCAGGUUAUUGAGAAAACUAGCAUACAUGUUAUUGGUACGAGUGAUGUUUGCAGUACUCUAGAUGAUGACACAGGUUCCGGCGGCAGUACGUGUAGUGACGUCAGCAGUAUUAGUGACAUCAUCAGACAACAUCAAUUGUUUCCUAGUUCUCACCCUUCCAUUCCUUCUAAAGUGUUUGGUACAGAUAAUGGAGCGAUUGUUUCUAUAGCAAUAUUAGGUGUGCCCAGUUUUCAUCUAUGUGAAGAAGUGGCAGCAAAUACAGUUAGGAUAUGUAAAACAACACAUAGCAGGAGUGUGUGUGUAGCUUCCUGUAUCGUUAUUACAUCUCUUGUUUCACAGUUGCUACAGGUAUCUUUUGCUUUAUUAUCUGUUUUUCCAUUUACUCAGGUGAUUAUAAAAGAUUCAUUUACACUUCUUACUGAAUACAUACUUAACCUAAUUAUCCUGUUUAUUUAUCUACUUAACAGGUCAUAUAUGAUGAGUUUAUUGAUGGAGGGAGGUGACAGUAACAGCAAUAGCUGUGUUGCCGGUGCACUUCUUGGUUGUAAAGUGGGUUAUUCUCGUCUUCCACAGGAAUGGAUAUUAGGACUAUGUAAAAAGCAGACAGCCUGGCUGAAUGUUAAAAUUAACCAUUUUCUUGACAUGAUGGGAUUGCCGUGAUAAAAUCAGGAAUUAUGUUUAUUCUAAGAGGUCUCCACUACUGUAAUAUUAUACCAGAAUUGUUGGCUGAGCCUAAAUUUCCUCCUUUGCAAUGUUUUUGAUAGUAUUAACAUGCAUUUAUUUAUAGCUCAAUAGUAAAACAAAUAUUCUACUA